GUCUCCAGCUGGACACGUCAAGAUGGCGCACCGCCCGGCGGAGGGUCCCGCGGACGGAGCCGGGAGCCCCGCCGCGCCGAGGCGCUGCAGAGGGCGGCCCAGGCUCACGGACUCCGACCGGGCUCAGCGGCGCCUCGAGUCCCGGAAGAAGUACGACGUGCGGCGGGUGUACCUGGGGGAGGCGCACCGGCGCUGGAGCGAGCUGCGCCGGCGCGCCCGGCUGAGCGACGCGGGGCUGGCGGAGUAUCUGCUGCUGCUGCACGCAACGCAGGGGGACGAGCCCGGGGACGGGGACGAGCCCCGGCAGGGCUGCGGGAAGAGUAUUCCACCAGAGCUCAUGGGGAAACAGAAAAGAGGCAGGAAGCCGUGCGUCUCCAGCCUGCAGAGCCUGGUGUGCUGGUACCAGGAGCACUCGUCCUCCUGCCCCCACCAGCCGCAGCUCCGGGCCCUGCAGCCCCAGGCCAACUUCUGCACCGCCGCUGUCUGGCAGUGUGACUCCAAUCACUCGUUUGUGCAGCACCUGUUCUCCCCGCUGAGGGAGGCGAGUGACUCCGAGCACGACGAGGACGUGAACGGGGACAGCAGUGGCGAGGGGGGAGCUGAAACAGACGAGCCACCGGCACAGGCUGUAGUGGACCCACAGAGAAGAAAAGAGUCCAACACAAAGCUCACAGACGUAGAAGAAGAUGUUUCUGAGGAACAGCAUUCACCCAUGAGCCAGACUGAAGAGGCUGCAGCUCCAAGUCCCCAGACCGGUCCAGUGGAGCCUCUUAGAGCAGCUCCGUUGACAGGACAGCCUGUGUGGGAGAUGGACGUGGUGCAGCAGCAAGGCUCUCCCACGGCAGCGAUGACCUCCGUCCCCGGAGACGACGACCAGGCCGAGGAUCUCAGCCCAGGCAAAGACGGAGGGGGAAGAGAGGGGGGGAAGCCCAAAGAAGAAGAAAGUGAGACUGUCGGGCAUGAUUACGAGUGUGUCACUAUAACAGAAUCCUUGAUGGAUGAGCUGAAGAAGGCAGAUGGAGAUCCAGUCCUGUCCCAGAGCUUGACUGGCUCGGCACCGCUGAGUGCUCAGCUGCAGAUGUCGGCGCCGCGGCAGAGCGAGCUCUUCGACCCUCACAUGCUACAAACCGUGGUCGGUGGCUGUGAGCUUCCUGAUCAGAGGACGGCCUUGGAGGGCUCACAGCUGAUUAUCAUCACCGGCACCAGCUAUGAGGCGUUGGCGUCAGAGGAAAUCCAGCUCAACAUGGGCGGUGGAAACGUGGAGGAAGUCACAUGCACUGUGAUCGGAGGUGUCAGCUACAGCCAGGUGUGCUCACCUGACUCCAAGAUCAGAACAGCUGAGGAUGAAGACUCCAUGACAGGUUUGGGUAACAAACAGUUGCUGCAGUCCACUGCAGAUACUUUGGAUUUGAGCAGCGACAGAAAAAUGCAGAGGUGUCUGAGCAGCGUCAGGUCCAAGAGAAGUCGACGGGGUCCAGUCAUAGAGGCUGAUGGGAUGCUCAAGAUGUUCCACUGUCCAUAUGAAGGGUGCAGUCAAGUCUACGUAGCAAUCAGCAGCUUUCAGAAUCACGUGAAUCUAGUUCACAGGAAAGGCAGGACCAAGGUCUGCCCUCACCCCGGCUGUGGGAAAAAGUUCUACCUGUCUAACCAUCUGCACCGUCACAUGAUCAUCCAUUCAGGGGUCAGAGAUUUCAUCUGUGAGACUUGCGGGAAAUCAUUUAAACGUAAGAAUCAUCUGGAGGUUCACAGACGGACACACACGGGGGAAACGCCGCUCCAGUGUGAAAUCUGCGGCUACCAGUGUCGCCAGCGCGCGUCCCUGAACUGGCACAUGAAGAAACACACUUCGGAGGCGCACUACAACUUCACCUGCGAGUUCUGCAACAAGAGGUUUGAGAAGUUGGACAGCGUGAAGUUCCACAAGCUGAAGAGCCAUCCAGAGAAGCAGGGCACUUGAACGGUCCUGACGCUGCUAGCCGAGCCGGCACGGGCGGGUUUUCAAGGAGAGAGACCUUCGUUUGUCCCGUCAGUCGCGUCCAGGUCGACGUGAACGGAGUCCACACAAGGCAGGAGGCGGACUGGUCCCGCAGGUGUGCAGGACACGAGCUGCGCCAGGGCACGGGUGGAUUGUGGGAUUGGAAAAUGCUGCAUUUGAUCUGGAGAAUGCACCCAGUUAAAUUGAUCCUGGGAGAAACGUUUCACACAUAUUUGCAGCCUUUGCAAACGGAACUGGGGUGAACUUGUGUUUAUUUUCUAUUUUUGACUGUCCCUAACACCAGAAGUAGAACAGCCAGCCUGUCGGUUCAGCGCUGAGCUGCACACAUCAGCGUUACCAGCUGACCACCCUUCUGUUGACUACAGUCAUUGGCUACUUUUAUUUGACACCGUAUUUAUAUCUUUGUCCCAGCUCACACACACAGCGUUGAGUAUCUCCCCAAGAUGCAACCACAUCAGCAUUCAGGCCAAUUUUAGCAGCAGAAAAAUUGUUUCCUUCUCUUUCUUUUUUUUGCAGGUCUUAGAAAACAUGUACCACGGUCAUGUUUUUGUAUUUUAUAACAGGCAAACAUGUUAGUGUGGCCCUUUUUAAAGGAUUUGGUCAUUUGUUUCUGGUUUCUGGGUUCUAUAAAAAAUGCCCGGAAAGGAUUACCGAUUAUAAACCCCUGCUGGGUGAAUAUUAACAACACGUCACUAAAGUCUGUGAAUUAUAUAUUUAAAUUUAAGGCUGUGAAACUGACAUCGGUGAUGUUUUUACGCGCGGUUGUUUCCUUAUCACUCUGGGACAAGUGAACACCUGGUGUUUUGGUUAGUUGAACAGUAUUAAUGUUUUAUUUUACUUUUUUGUGAUUUUACUCCCUCAGUGUCCCGGCUCGCAGACGGAAAUAGGAAAGUAGUUUCAAUGCGACAGAGUCUCAGGAAGCCUCAUCUCAGUCGUUUUAUUUCCUCUGGUCUGUUUCAUUUCUAAGAAUAUGCACUUUUUAUUCCUAAAUCACAUUUCUUAACCAAGGAAUCACUACAAUGUGUUUUUCUUUUUUUCUAAUUAAAUAUCUUGCAAAGAUUUUUUUUUUUUAAACAUAAUUGAUGCAUCGUUUAUCUGCCUCUUAUGGGCUCUACAGUGUUAGUACAUUUGUGACGGCGAGGGUGUGCACAAGUACUAUGGAAACGCAUAAAAAAAAAACCUGUACCGACACCUUUAAACAUAAAUGAAUAACCAAUACUGGA